UGCAGUCUGGAUAGUCAGCGCACUGGGUUUCGAGACGUAGCCUCCACUCAUCAGGUCAGUCCGCUCGCUAAUGCUGGAGGAACUAACCGUUACACCUUUUAAACCCAUUUCUAAAACCCAUUUGGCGCCGCAUCUCUCAUGUGUGGAGUUCAUCCGGGAUUCUGGAGUGAUUUGAGCAGAAGUUUGCGCUCUUUCUGUUUUUACAGGAGCUAAUGCUAGCCUGCUAGCCCUUUAAUCUGUGUUUAUAAACCUGAUCAAGUCAACAUGAAGAUUGCUGUGGAUUUCGAGGAAUGUCUCAAGGAUUCCCCCAGAUUCAGGGCGACGAUUGAGGAGGUGGAGGGCGACGUCUGUGAGCUCGAGUCCAAACUAGACAAGCUGGUGAAGCUAUGCAUCGGGAUGAUAGAUGCUGGAAAGGCGUACAACACGGCCAACAGGCAGUUUGUGAACGGGAUUCAGGAGUUGGCACAGACUUCUGCCAAAGAUGAUGUUAUCGAGUCCAGCCUGAGCAAGUUUGCAGAGAAUCUUCAAGAGAUGAUCAACUAUCACACAAUUUUAUUUGACCAAGCACAACGAUCAAUCAAAUCACAGCUCCAGACAUUCAUUCGAGAGGACCUUCGGAAAUUUAAAGAAGCGAAGAAACAAUUUGACAAAGUGAGCGAGGAGAAAGAAGCAGCCCUGUCCAAAAAUGCCCAGGCGCCUCGAAACAAACAGCACGAGGUGGAGGAGGCCACCAGCAUCCUCAUCGCCACGCGCAAGUGCUUCCGCCACAUCGUCCUGGACUACGUGCUGCAGAUUAAUGUGCUGCAGUCCAAGAGACGAUCAGAAAUCCUCAAAUCGAUGCUGUCUUUCAUGUACGCACACCUGACCUUCUUCCAUCAAGGUUAUGAUCUCUUCAGUGAACUACAGCCCCUCAUGAAACAACUGACCGGACAGCUGGAUCAGCUGGUGAUGGACUCCACAAAAGAAAGGAAGGAUAUGGAGAUGAAACACUCAACUAUUCAACAGAAGGUACUCCAAACAUUAAUGACCCACAAACCCCAGGCCAUCGCACACUGUACAGGGCCAGUCAGAAAAUAUUCAUUGUUUAGAGCAACAUGAGGCUUUGCAGCACACUGAUGAAAGCUGAAACCAAGAAACAAAAUCAUGUUGAAACAGAAUAUCCUUCCCUACUCUCCUCUCCUCAGGGUUUGAGCUUUAGAAAUGAUCUAAAGUACACAAAGUGAAGUUUUUGCCUGAUAUACUGUGCACAGGUUUAUGAAUAAACAGUCAAAGUAAUAAAGUUGCUGUUAUUACAGUAGAGCCGUUCAUCUUUCGGUAGAUUAAGACCGAAUCCUCACCCAUGGCACGUGCAAGUGUGUUUUAUGUAGUAGUAGGGUUGUGAGGAUAGCAAGAUUUCAGUAGUCAAUACCAAUUCUGCUGAAAUGUCAUUAUUCUUACCACAGCAGUUUACAGUACAUUGGCUAGUGCUUUAAAAAUUGUGUAAAUGUGCAAAUUACCCCUAAAGGUGCAGUGUCGUUUUCCUUUGCAUGGUGAAAUCGAGAAUUUCAACCAAUUGAACCCCAUUCAACA